GAGAGUUAUAUAUGUCUACUCAUCACACACUAACUCAAACACGCUUUAGUUCAAGAGUUUAAUCUCCCACGUUUCUCUCUCAUUUGCUCAUUUAUUGAUUGCCUCAUAAGUCAGUAGUAUUGGCUCUGGUUCUGGGCUCACAUUUCAGUCUCUCUGCCUCAAAUGUCCUUUUAAUCUAUAUAUAACUCUGCUCUGAGUCUCAGGUGAUGUAGUUGCAAAGCUCAUACAACAUUCUCUGUGAGUUGUGAAUUUCUAUGUGUUUUUUGCUCCAAAGGGUCUUUCUUGAAUAAUGUAAUCUUGAUUCAAGUGUUCAUCUUGGUUCUCUUCUCUGUUUGGUUAAUUCCCAUUUGCUCAGAACUGUUCUGAAUCAUUUCUAGCAUGAAUUCAAUCAUGGGUUCUCGCUAAUCUUUCUGAGUAGGAUUUCUUGUCUAGUUUUGUUCAAUCAGCAAAAGAAGGUCUCCUUUUGUGUUCUGUGAAUGCCCAUUUGCUUCAAAUUGUUCUAAGAGCUCCCAAAUGCAGUUUCUGAUAAUGGGUUUUCGCUAAAUUGCUUGUUCUUGCUCUACCUAACAUUCAAGUUUGGAGCUUGAUUGUGACAUUUGCAGUUUAAAGUUCACAAAUUUCUUCAAGUAUCUGGUUUUUUAAGCAUUCUUAUGCAUCUGUGCACUAUAGGAAGCUUUUCUGAUAAGAGAAAGGAGAGGUGAUGGAUCUAACUUUUAUCAAAGUCAACCGCUAGUUUUGAUCUAAGCAUAUGGACGGUGCCUAUUCAUUUCGUUAGUUUUUCAACUUCCUGAUUCACUAUGAAUUCCAUUCGCUAAUUCACUGUGAUCCUGUACUUAUAUCAGCAUGGUGUCCAAGUAGUUAAAGUCAUUCCUAAUUUGAUUCCUUGAAAUGUAAAUUUCAUCUACCCUAUCAGUCCAUUUGUAUAUGGACCUAAUUAAGGUUCUAUCUUACGUCAAAUGUUCAAUGAAUCAACAGUCUCCUUUACUGGUAUUUUUCCUCGUUAAGAUUCCUAUUAUGAUCAAGAAAUCAUUCCUUCUCCACCCAUAAUUCUGUGCAUAUAUACUAAUGCAAACUUAGACACCAUACUGGCAUCUCGAGUCCAUAUCACUUAUUGCCCUGGUUACUUGUCACUCAAACAACAACUAGAAAGGUCUUCGUUCUUUCUUGUUCACAUAGUAUUGGACUUAUUAUGGAAGAAACGUUUGUUCCUUUUCGCGGGAUCAAGAAUGACCUCAAAGGAAGAAUUCUUUGCUACAAACAAGAUUGGGCUGGUGGUUUACGAGCGGGUAUAAGGAUCUUGGCCCCAACAACAUACGUAUUCUUUGCUUCAACAAUUCCAGUUAUAUCUUUUGGGGAGCAGCUGGAAAGAAAUACAAAUGGAACUUUGACUGCAGUACAGACUCUUGCAUCAACUGCAAUUUGUGGUGUUAUCCAUUCAAUUGUUGGAGGGCAGCCCCUGCUCAUACUAGGGGUGGCUGAACCAACAGUAUUGAUGUAUACAUUUAUGUUCAACUUUGCUAAGGACCGAAAGGAUUUGGGACAGGAACUCUUUUUAGCUUGGACUGGAUGGGUAUGUGUGUGGACAUCCAUUUUGCUCUUCUUGCUGGCCAUUCUGGGUGCUUGCUCUAUAAUCAAUAGGUUUACGCGUAUUGCUGGUGAAUUAUUUGGUCUUCUUAUCGCAAUGCUUUUUAUGCAGCAGGCCAUAAGAGGAGUUGUAGAGGAAUUUGGCGUACCUGAAAGAGAAAAGCCAAAUCAGACUGCACUCCUACCCUCUUGGAGGUUUGGCAAUGGAAUGUUUGCAUUAGUUCUGUCAUUUGGCCUUCUAUUUACUGCAUUGAGAAGUCGUAAAGCUAGAUCGUGGCGUUAUGGCACAGGUUGGCUACGUGGAUUUAUAGCGGAUUAUGGAGUCCCACUCAUGGUUCUUGUAUGGACUGCUGUAUCUUACAUACCGGUUAAUGAUGUCCCAAAAGGAAUCCCAAGACGACUUUUCAGUCCAAAUCCAUGGUCUCCUGGUGCAUACUCAAACUGGACAGUUAUCAAGGAGAUGAUGACUGUUCCUCCUUUAUAUAUAGUUGGAGCAUUUAUACCAGCAACUAUGAUUGCUGUGCUCUACUACUUUGAUCACAGUGUUGCAUCUCAACUUGCCCAACAGAAGGAGUUUAAUCUAAAGAAACCAGCUUCAUAUCACUAUGACCUUCUCCUUCUCGGAUUUCUGGUCAUAUUGUGUGGGCUUAUUGGCAUUCCCCCUGCCAAUGGUGUAAUUCCACAAUCUCCUAUGCAUACAAAAAGUUUAGCUACUCUAAAACAUCAGCUUUUGCGGAAUAAGCUUGUAGUAACAGCAAGGAAUAGUAUACGCAAAAACUCAACUUUGAGUCAAUUAUACCACAACAUGCAAGAAGCAUACAAUGAAAUGCAGACUCCACUAGUCUACCAACGUCCAUCUGCUCUGGGACUAAAAGAGCUGAAAGAAUCCACAGUCCAAUUAGCCUCAAGUACUGGCUACAUUGAUGCUCCUGUUGAUGAAACCGUUUUUGAUGUGGAUAAGGAUAUUGAUGAUCUUUUACCUAUUGAAGUAAAAGAGCAACGCCUCAGCAAUGUGCUUCAGGCAUUGCUGGCUGGUGGUUGUGUAGCUGCUAUGCCUCUUUUGAAGAAAAUCCCAACCUCAGUUCUUUGGGGUUAUUUUGCUUUUAUGGCAAUUGAAAGCUUGCCUGGAAACCAAUUCUGGGAGAGAAUAUUGUUUCUUUUCACUGCUCCAAGUCGAAGAUACAAGGUGCUGGAGAAGCAUCAUGGAACCUUUCUUGAGACUGUGCCUUUUAAAACAAUUGCGACCUUCACCUUGUUCCAGACAGCUUACUUGCUACUGUGUUUUGGCAUAACAUGGAUCCCAAUUGCCGGGGUGCUCUUCCCGUUGUUGAUCAUGCUUCUAGUCCCAGUGCGGCAGUAUUUGCUCCCUAAGUUUUUUAAAAGAGCUCACCUUCAAGACCUGGAUGCUGCAGAAUACGAGGAAGCCCCUGCCAUUGCUUUCAACAUGUCCUUUGAAGAUCAGGAUGUUCAGGCAAGAAUAAAUAACAUUGAUGGUGGGGAGAUACUUGAUGAAAUUAUUACAAGAAGCCGCGGGGAGAUCCGCCGCACUCAGAGUCCAAAAGUAUCAAGUUUGACCCCUACUUCUUCACUAGAAGGUAUAAAACCAGCUUAUAGCCCAAGGUUAACGCAGAGAGUAUACAGCCCCCGUUUAAAUGAACUGAGAGGAGAAAGAAGCCCCCGACUAAAUGUACAAGGUCACGAAACAGAAAACACUCCCAGCCCCCGUUUGAAUGAACUAAGAGGAGAACAAAGCCCCCGAAUGCAUGGUCAGGGAAUCGAAACAGUGCAGACUCCCAGCCCUGGACCAUCUGUCCUCGGACAAAGCACUCCUGGUUCUUCAAGCUACAAAACCUAGGAGUGUGAUCCAGGUGGAUUAUUUGGCAAUGGUACUCGAGAGGUCAUGUGCUAGGUUCAUGUGUAACUAAGUAUCAUAAGUUAUAGGUUAGUGCUCUUCGAACCUUUCCCGAUACUGUAGGUUGUUUCUACUGUACGUAGAGUCGGAGAUUAUGUAAAAGCUGUAAUUAUAUGUACCAUUCUGUCAUUUGCCUAUGGAACUUACCGUGAAUUACGCUGUGUAAAAAAUUCCUAAGCCAAUUAUUUUAUAUAUACUGUUGAGAUUGUCCAUUUAAAA